UAACGAGUCCACCCGCCGAAGUCCAUCGGCACCGCGCAACGGGCCGCGACUAUAAUAUUAUAACAAUAUUUUGUAUAAUUGCGACUGCCCUCCCCCCCCCACUACGCCCGCCGUAUAGGUUUCGGUCAGAAUACUAAAACAAUAAUAAUAUAUUAAAUUAUUAUUUCCGUUCCGCGACCGAAGUGCCGCAGACCGUAGUUAUUCCCGUCGCGUAUUCGCGAUACGUCCUACGCGUCCGUCUCGUCGCCAGUGGUGUUUGAUAAUUUCAUCGAUUUUCGAACGCCGCGGAUUCGACGGCCCAUAUAUCAUCUCCCGUCACGGCGAAAUGGAUCUUCCGAUGACAGCGGCACCAGUAUCGUCGGCGGUCACGAACAACCCUACGCGCUGCAAAUAAUAUGAUCAUUAUUUAUUACCCGCGUACCCGUACAUUGUAUAUGCGUAUUUUUUACAUAUAUAAUACGUCCACGCACUGAACGAGUGCACUUGGCCGGAUUCCGUACGUUUUGCGUAUACAUAAUACCUUUACAUAUCAUUCAGCUUACCACCCCUCGUCGGUCAUCGCGCUGCUUUCGGGCCCAAUUCGAGAGAUCUGCACAGUCUGAGGAGUAUUUUAUAUGAGCUACUUUCCGGGCUCCGGCGAUUUGGCCGGUACAACUGCAGCAGAGAACUACAACUUUGACUCUCUCUCCAAAGACCGAAGUAAUAUUAAAAACGAAACAACCUAUCUUCAAGAUGUUCAGGAAGAUUGUUUUUACACCGAACAAAAUACUUCGAUGCGAGGAGAUGAUACAGAUAUAAAUGCUAACAACACCAGUGAAGAUAAACGACCUAACUAUUUUCAAGACUCUCAUCAUAUUUCUAUGCACGAACCAUCUACCACAGAGUUAGUGCCGUUAACUAUUUAUCCUACAGAAACGGACUUGCAAAAUAAUGGUAUUGUACAUUCGGGUGACAUUAGUAGCAAUACGGUUACUUCUUUGGGGUCUCCUGAGGAACGAUCCCCGACGUCUACUGACCAACAACAACCACAGCAGCCAGCUGCUACGACUUUGCCUUCAAAACCUCCGUAUUCGUACGUAGCUCUAAUUUCAAUGGCCAUUGAACAAUCACCAUAUAAACGAGUUACGUUGUCUGAAAUUUAUAAGUACAUCACGGCUAAGUUUCCGUACUUUGAGAAGAACAAAAAAGGUUGGCAAAAUUCAAUAAGACACAAUUUGUCGUUAAACGAGUGCUUUCUCAAAAUACCUAGGGAUGGUGGCGGUGAUAGAAAAGGCAACUACUGGACUUUAGAUCCAAAAUAUAAUAACAUGUUUGUAAAUGGGAACUAUAGAAGACGUCGAAGAAUGAAAAGACCAUAUAGAACAACACCUUAUAGUACACCUGGAACUUAUUUUGGACCCGAUUAUAGUAGAGGCAUUUUAGGAUCACAUCCUACAAGUUUUGGUUCAAAUCCUAAUAUACCAUCGAGAUUUGACCACAAUAACAGUUGGCCUCUAUCACCCUAUACAGCAGGUCCUCAAGCGCAUCAAUUGCAUUUUCCAUCUCAGUUGCAACCAGUGCAAUCUGUCCAGAUCUCAUCAAUGAAUCAUUCAAACUACAAUCAUUUACCAACAACUAUGGCAAAUUCAAAUAUGACAUUCGGUGGAACAUAUCCACAAUGUCAACGGCGUCCACAACAAGAGGUAUUACCAGAUACUACACUGCAGUAUUCUUAUUGGGCCACAUCAACUUCUUCUCCGGAUCACAUGAUAUCUGUAAAAGAUGAACAUUUGAAUCUAUUGGAAAAAACACAAGAUACAUUGAACCUUGACCAUUUUGAGGUACAACCCCCAAAUGUAGAUUUUGAAGUUACAGAUUCGCGACAAAAAUGUUAUUUAUGAAAAAUGAUUUGUAAUUAUUCUUAAACACUCAUUUAUUUAUGGUUCUAUGAUAUAAUUUUUAUACAUAAUGCAUUAAUAAUAAGUAACAACGAGAUGUAACUAGGUAUGAAUAAAAUGGCGUUUUUAUCUGAAUUCAAAGUUUAUAUAAUUAUUAAUUUAUGAAGUACUAAUAUUAAAGUAAGUCUUACUAAGGGGAUUUUAAGAGGCAGGCCAAAUUAAAAAUAUUUAUUAUUGUAAAGUAAGAACCAAAGUAAAAUAUAAUUUAACUAAAAAAAAAAAUUAUUAAUUUUAUCAAUUUUUAAGUAUUAUUAUAUAACAAGUUUAUCACUUGUUUGUACUUAGAUGUGUUAUAUUUAAAUUAUUAUGUUUA